UGACGUCCAUAUUUGUAGGAUCCGCCUCUACUUGAAGAAAACGCCGCUGAACGAACUCCUGCCGGUGGCUACCGGCUCUUUACCGUUACCUUCAGAGGCGCUGAGACCCGUCGGUGUUAGAGGAAUGGCUGUAAAACAUCUUUGUCGUUAGCUGGAAGUGAUGAAGGCAGGUUAUCGGGUUAUUACCAUGUUUUUAUCACAUUUGGAGCUAUGGAGAACAUACUGGGAGUGUGUAUCCAGACCGUACACGGUGUUCAUCUGUUCCCUCACUGCCGCACUGUACUAUCUGUGGGGCCGCAAGUGUCAGGCUCCAGCUCUGGUUUGUAGUGAGGCUUUCAGUGUGUUCCUCCACAAGCACUGUCCUGUAGUGGCUGAGUGCUUCAGUCCCACUCCAUGGUGCUGGGGUGGCCGCCUUCAAACCCUGGUCCGUGCCUUCCUCCAGUCCAAACCCCCUGCUGCUUAUCGCAAUGAGCUGAUCCGUACGGUUGAUGGUGGUCAGAUCUCGCUGGACUGGGUGGACAAUCAGGCCAGCGUGCCCUACCCAGAAUCCUCUACCCGCCCCACAGUACUGAUCCUCCCAGGCAUUACAGGAACAGCCAAGCAGUCCUAUGUGCUUCACGCCAUCAACCAAGCCACCCGCCGCGGCUACAGAUGUGUGGUCUUCAACAACCGGGGGGUCAAAGGGGAAGAGUUGUUGACGCCUAUCACCUACUGCGCUGCCAACACCUCAGAUCUUGAGCUUGUGGUGCGACAUGUUAAAGGACUCUUCCCAAAAGCCCCUGUGCUCGGUGCUGGUGUGUCUAUGGGAGGCAUGUUGUUGUUAAACUACCUUGGCCGUAAGCGCACAGAGUCUGGGUUGGUGGCGGGGUUCACCAUCUCUGUCCCCUGGGAUGCGCAGAAAUCCUCUGACUCUAUGGAAGAACCACUCAACUGGCUGCUUUUCAACAAACACCUCACAACCAACCUGUGCCGUGCUGUUGCCAGGUCAAGGAAGGUUUUGGAGACAGUAGUAGAUGUUGACUAUGUCCUGAAGGCAAAGACUAUCCGCGAGUUUGACGAACGCUUCACCACUUUGCUUUUUGGUUAUGAAUCUUGUACGGACUACUACCGCGAUGCCAGCCCAGACAAAAGACUCCCUAAUACAGCAGUACCCAUCUUGUGUCUUAAUGCUGCUGAUGACCCCUUCUCUCCCCAAAAUGCCUUCCCGUUGACCAUAGUCCAGGGCCUUCCUAAUGUCGCCCUGUUGGUGACAGCUCACGGAGGACACAUCGCCUUCCUGCAGGGUUUGUUUCCCCGCAGUGAGAACUAUGUGGAGCGUGUGUUUGGCCAGUUUGUCCAGGCGGUCUUUGAACACCCAAGGGACAUCAACAAAGCCUGUGGCAUUAAGGAAGAGCCGACAAGCUGAUUCUCAUUCAGCCUGUUUGUACUCUGAACCUGACUGAACAACAUGAACUUGAAGUCAUUUGGAUUAUAGCAGUAGGACCACAAUUCACUGCAUGCUGUUUCACUACCACUGAGAUGUUGUGUCAUGUUUGCACAGAGAGUGACCAGCUGUAUUUUACAAUCAUAUGACCUCACUGCUAAUCUACCUCUUAAUCAUCUCAGGUUUACGUUUAAUGAGCAGUCCAAGAAGAUUUCAAAAAAGUAGACAAAUCUGAAAUCAAGCUGAGGACUAUUUUGGAGGUGUUGAAGAAAUCUUACAGCCAACUAAAUAAGGUGAUGCCUUACAUUGUAAUGGUAUUCCUCCUUUCUGUCCCACCUUCACAUGGACCACUGCACACAACAUUAUUCCCUGUUUGAAAAUGAGUGCUUGGAUUUUAGGCCCUGUGUGAAAAUGUUAUUUUAAUAGAAAUGACGUGAAUAUGUAACUUAGAACUGUAAUAUUGUAGUAUUGAUUGUACCCUUUCUCUUACCUCAUAUGCUUAUUUGGUUUUGCAACUUGUUUUCACAGAGAUGUGAGAAGCCUUAAAGGAUUAUACAUACAGAUUUUAACUGCGCACCAAACUACACCAGAGUUAACCAUGUUAGGGCUUUCAGUCCACCUGGAAAACACACACACACACACACACACACACACACAUAUAUAUAUAUAUAUAUCCCAUGAAGAAAAUACUUUGUGACAUAGGUUCAUCAUGAGAGUAUUUGAUUUAAAAAAGUUAAAUCAGUUAAAUGUAAAAGUAAAUUUUACAGUAUUUUAUGCUUGUAUAUGCUUUUGCAGUAUGCUUAGUUGCAUUGUAAAUUAUACAGCACAUCACAGGUAAAUGAGCUGACACUGUGUAAAAACGGGUAAAGCUCAGUGUGGUAUUUUUACCUGCUGUAAAUAAUUUUAAUAUCUGGUAGGUCUGGAUUUGUGUGUUAUAAUUGCCUUUUUAGUCAUUUAAGCACAUUGUCAUUUGAGGAAUGGGCGACAGGUGAAGGAUGAAUGUCUAUCAUGUCAGUACUGUGGCCACUGUCAGUCCACAUGAUAAUUAUUUUAUGUGUAGUUAUUGAAAGUCAUUUGUGUUAAAUUUAUUCACUGAUUGUCAGUGUGUGUGAAUGUCUUUUCAAAUCCGUCUUGGAAAAUAUUCAAAGGCUUUUAUUAUGUUUGUUAUCGCCAAUAGUGAACAGGUGACACACACACACACUAAUACACCACUUUAUUAUUGCAACACCAAGGUAUUAUUAAUUUAUGAGGAAUGUCAUUUGUCAAUAGAAGCUACAGUCGUUUGACUUUACUCUUAAAGGGAAGUGUUUUUUUAAUAUGACUCAUGAACAUAUGAAGAUGGUGCUAAUGGUGCUAAUAUGUAACAGCAUCAGUUUUUUUUUCACAGCUUUCUCUGCUUCACAAAAUAGAACAUUUAUUUGCUUAUCAGUUCAUUGCAGAUGUUUACCAUUUUCACUUGCCUUCAGUUGCUGUGUAUUUGUCAAGUCAAGUGACUUUGUCAAGAUUGUCAUCUAUCAUCUUAAAUACCUUUGGGCAUUAUGAACUGUCUGUUUGGUUAUUGAAUUACACUGAAUUAAAGAGUGACAGAAAUACACAUUUUAA